GCCGCGGCGCCACUUUGCGACUCGCGCGCGCGCCCGACAGAUCCCCUCUCUGGCUCCAGCGGGGCCUGUCCUGGAGGACGUCCUCCCCGGCAUGGAGAGCCGCGUGCACCUGCGCGUGUCGGGCCGCGGGGGGUCGAGCAGCCCCAGGCCCGCCUCGUUGUUCGCGUCGCUCUUCAUCGUCGCCAUCCUGGCAGCGGCGGCCCACGCGGACGCCGUGCUGGAGCAGCAGAGCGUGCCAUGGGCCGACGCGGCGCGGUACGCCGCGGCGAGGUACAGCGCCGCCAACGGCAACUUCACCGGCAGGAACUACUACAGCUACUGCGACAUCUGCCCCGAUCACACCCUGUGUCGUUACUACACCCAGGGCGCGGCCUGCCGCUCUGGCGUGUCGGUGUCCCGGCCGCUGCAGCGCGAGGAGCAGGACGAGGUGGUGGCCGCCCACAACACGGUGCGCUGGAUCCUGGCCACCGGCGAGGAGUCGCGCGGCUCGCCCGGGCCGCAGCCGUCCGCCGCCAACAUGAGGCUCAUGUGGUACGACGAGGAGCUCGCAGCCAUCGCCCAGCGGUGGGCUGACCAGUGCCAGUUCAAGCACGACACCUGCCGCAACGUGGAGCGCUUUCCGGUGGGCCAGAACAUCUACCUGGAGCGCAUGACGCGCCCUCUCAAGCGUCCCGACUGGAGCAAGGUGGUGAGGAAGUGGUACGACGAGGUAGCCAAACACAACGGACGCCAGUCCCUGCGGCCGUACAGGUUCUCAGCGGUGACGGGCCACUUCACGCAGCUCAGCUGGGCCGACACUUUUCUCGUGGGCUGCGGCAUCGCGGAGUACAACGACUACUACGCGGGGCGGCGCUGGAACACGCGCCUCUACGUGUGCGACUACGGGCCGACGGGCAACGUGGUGGGUGACUGGAUGUACCAGACGGGCGAGGCGUGCGCGCACUGCGGCCCAGAGUCGUACUGCUACUACGGGCUGUGCGUCUGAGGACUGAGGCAGGCAGCAACGGAAAAUCACAGCAAAUGAAGAAAUCAUGUUUUAGCCGUUUUUAUUUUUAAAUUAUUUUUUAUUUGUAUCAGUUCUUCUCAAUCACAUAGCACACAGAUACAAAUAUUUUUGCAGUGAGAACUGCAAGGUCUCCCAAGAAGCAAAACAAUUUUUUAAUUGAUUUUUCAAGUAUUUUUUUAAAAAUCAAACUGAUAGCUAUUGCCGAUUGAUGCACGUCCUCCGACAAAGAGCAACACUUUGAUGCCUACAUUAGGUUGACAAAUGCAAACUACACUUAAUGUAGUUCCUAAAUGUAAGUU